AUGGAGUUACCCGAACUUUUUUGCGAUAUUUGUCUGCACCUUAACGUUAAACGUGCUGCCAGUGUAUGGUGUUCAGAGUGUGGGGAAAAGAAAUGUGAAGAAUGUGAAGAAAAACAUCAAGUUCAGAAAGCGCCAAGACAUCAUAACACAAUAGCUAUAGAAGACUUCCAGUUAUUACAAGACUCUAUUGCAAAUAUUCGACAAGAAUGUGAGUUUCACAAGGAAACGUUUGAAUUUUAUUGCCAGAUACAUUAUAUCCCGUUAUGUAAGUGUUGUAUUACAGAGCAACACAAAGAAUGCACUGAACUCAAACCGUUACAGGAAAUAGUGAAAAACGUGAAGGAAUCGGUUGCAUUCCAAGACUUAGAACAUAGGGUGAAAGAUGUCUUGGAAAUUGUUACUAAAAUAGCUAAAGUGCAGCACGAGAAAAGAACACACUUAGAAGGAAAACAUGCUGAAAUAAUUGCUGAAGUUGAAUUUGUAAAGACACUAGUCAAUAGUCACUUGGAUCAACUCAAACAAGACCUUUUGAAUCAGUUGACGGAACAUCAAGAAAAUACUAAUUGGCUUAUCAAAAACCUGGAUGUUAUGCAAACAUCAGUAUGUACAUUUAGGAACGAAUUAAAUAAAAGCAAAGCACAUGCAUCUGAUUUUCAGACUUUUCUUUACAUAAACGAAUUGGAUUCAAAAGUUCAAAAAUAUGAAACGGAAAUAAAUGCAGUAGAGUAUCACGAAGGCAAAGUUGAGUUAACCAUAGAACUAAGCUUGAUUCUAGAACAAAUAACACAUGCGAUAACAAAAGUUGGGGUUUUAGAUGUGUCGUUUUCAAAUCCAGAACGACUUUCCCUCAGAAAAGACCUACAAGGGCAGUUGUUUAUUCCAACCCCUAAUUUGUUGAACCGAGUUAAAUUGACGAAUACCGAAACAGUAAGGAUACCAAAGAAGCACACAACAUUUCCUCGAAACAUAAUACGAGGCUGUGACAUGUUGGCAGAUGGGCGGCUUGUUUUGGUUGAUAUGCUUAACAAGAAACUCAUGCUUAUGGAUCUUAAUGGUACAUGCACGAAAUAUCGUAAUAUUAAAAACGAGCCUUACGAUGCUGCAGUAAUAGAAGAUAGCUUGGUAGCUGUGACGUUAGUGGAAAAGAAAGAGGUUGUUAUAAUAGAUCUGAACUGUUCAGAAAUUCAGCGAUCAUUCCCAGUAGCUAACCGAUGUUUUGGGAUUGUUUUUAAGGACGGAAAAUUUUAUGUUUGCUGUGAUCAUCGAAUGUUGCAGGUCUUCCAUUUGUCCGGUGAUAUUUUCUCAACAUUAUCACUAGUUGAACCUGCAACAUAUUGUUCUAUGUUUAAUAAUAAGCUUUAUUUUGCGACACAAUAUCUUACUAAUGGAGUAUAUUGUUGUGAUUUUAAUGGAAACGUACAUUGGAAAUUUGACUGUCAAGAAUCGAGUUUCCCACUCGGCAUUGCAAACGAUAAUUACGGUAAUACUUUUGUCACAUGCAGAAAAAAUAAUACAGUAAUACUCAUCGGCAAAAAUGGAAUAGAAUCUCGAAUUUUACUGUCAGAGGAAGACAAUCUUCACAAACCAGUAGCUAUUCAUUACAAUUGUGAAAAGAACCUUCUUCUUGUGUGUAAUGAAUCAGGGAAAUCGUUAGUCUUUAGUGUUUCAUACGAAUACCCCAAACAACCUACUAGCCAUGGAAUUGCCGACCGGCUGUAA